AGCUCGCCAAGACGAGGCAUUCCCAGCCCUCGGGAUGACGAAAAACGCGCCGAUCGGCUACCAGCUCCCAAACCGGCUGGCUCCCCGCGAUCGAGCAAGUCAAAGACCUCGUCUACCUCGAAUGGUAGCGGUCCUGCCGCCAAGCGAUCUAACUCGGCGAAUCACUUGCACAACUUGAUGAACUCGCGCAAUGGCAGAGACACUAUUACGACUCGCCGCGAGCGGGACAUUUUCGGGAAUCUGAUGACUCCUCAGAACAAGCGAAGGCUAGGUACGUCGCACAAUUGGCGAGCGAGGCGUUCGACGGUGGUGCUGGAUCAGGUGACCAAGCGAGUGACCACGAUUGCCCAGGAAGUUGAGAUUAUGAAGACGAAGGAAGUCGUGCAAGACGACUGGCAGCCAUCGAAGAUCAAGUUUGCCGCAGAAGAAUCGGUGUGUUCGUUUGAGAAGGAGGUGGAAGUCUCCAAGCUACUCGUCUUUCGUCCAGCAGGAUCGACGAAGGCUCCAGAACGCCCACCAGUUAAACGUCACACAGGGCCACUUCGAUCGAUUCUUCGGGUUAGGUUGCCUCAUCGCUCAGCGCAAGAGAACGCUCCGCAUCCAAAAGCAGGAGAUUCAAGCUCUGCUCCGCCUACGGUCCACGCUACUGGGAGACCUGCCAUCGACCCUAUUACUGCACCUUCCGAGCGCCCUUCACUGACUAGUGAAGUGUCUGAAGAUGGAACAGUUGGGUCGCCGGUGUUUGAUACGUCGAAGCUGUCAAAGAUUGUGAGCCCAACAGAGAAAAGAAAGCAGGGCUUUUCUCCGCCACCCUGCAUCCCAACGUCAGAACAACCACCGCUGGACUUCACCGAAGAAGGUGAUGGGGACGAGGAUUCGGGCGAUGGGGCUGCAGCAGACUCUCCGGUUGUUGCACUGUCUCCUAUCGUCUCUGAAGAUGGAGUUUCAGAGGAAGACGAGGUUUCAUCUUGUGACGCGGGUGCUGGUAAACAGACAGCAGAAAUGGCGGCUCCCCCAAGUUUAUCCACAGGGUCGAAAGACGGCGAUCCUGCUGACAUGAAGGCUGCUGCGCAGCAACCAACGACCAUCUCGGCUUGA